AAUUGUAAACACGUAGAUUUCAUGAAUAGUAUAAUUUUGUUGAGAAGUUAAACAUUCAAGACAUUCACUAUUGGGACGUUAAUGGCGCUCGAACACAGUCUUGUCUUAGUUUGGAAUUACUCAGUUAACAGCCCCAAUCUUCAAUAUUUUUCAGUACAUAAAAAAUCUGUUAAAGGCGCUUCAGAACGACCAGCCUUAGGCGCUGUAGAGACCCACCCCAAACGACCAAGAACAGAUGUGGAUGACAAAGAUAGGUCCUCAUCCGUAGAUGGUAGCAUCCAGGCCCAAAAAGAUAAGGAAGGAAAAGAACCUGGAAGUUCGUGGAAGUUCUCCCACUUCUUCAGUGAAACUCUAUUCAGAGGAAAUGAAACAAAACAUUUGCCAGUAGUUAAAGUCCAUUCGCAAGUGUGUGGGAAAACCCUGAACACUCACCUUGCACUCAUGAAACAAGUGGAUAAUCUGGGACUUAAGCGAGAGGAGACCAGUGCAGAGGACUGCCAAGUCAUGAUGGUCUUCUGUCCUGUUACAUCUCGUGUGGGAACUGACAUUGAGGCUGCCAUGAGCCAAGUUCCAGGUAACAGAAAUGCCAUUCAGGUGGUGAUGCACCAUACUUAUGAUCAAAACUUUGUCACAAGCCGGAGAUCUGCAUCUUACCACAAUAACAUAGUGGAGGAAGUGAAUGUUCUCUUCCUUGACUCUGUGGGACUUCUGCGUUGUAAAACAAAUGAUGAAGCAGUGACUCUCAUACAUAAGGCCUUACAGAAAUACAACAGCAGUACUUACAGACAUUAAGUGCCCCAUUGUGGCAACACAAAGAGUCUGAAGUCUG